AGUUCAAAUUGAAAUCCUGACCUGCGCAUAGUAGAUUAAAGAAAUACAUAAUACAUAUCGAAACAAUAAGAGUAUUAGAUGGAUGGUAAAGAAUAAAAAAAUAUUUCUUAAAAUCUGUUGAAGUCAAAAUGUUAAUUAGAAUUUAAUACCAUAUUCUCUUCAAUUAACGUUGUAGUAAUGGAGGAAAGAUGGACGCCUUGACGUUCGGCUCUCACAGGCUAGUUCACUUAGAUCUCAAGGGUGCUCCGCCGCGAGUCUGUUAUUUCGAAAAGUUGUUCCCAUUAUUAAGGACAUGGGGUGCCACUGGACUUUUAUUGGAAUGGGAAGACACAUUUCCAUACAAUCGAGAGCUUUCUCAUAUAGGAAGCAAUGGAUUAAGCAGUUUAAUCAGUGGAUAUACGGUUCAGGAGGCCAGACAUAUCCUACAAAUUGCAGGAGACUGUGGUUUAGCAGUUGUUCCAUUAGUACAAACAUUUGGUCAUAUGGAGUUUGUUUUAAAACAUGAUGAAUGGAGGUCUUUGAGAGAAGUGGAGCACUUUCCAAGCUCAAUUUGUCCAUCUAAUCCAAGAACAUUGUCUUUGGUAAAGACUUUGAUUCGUCAAAUAGUUAGUUUUCAUCCAGACAUACAGUAUUUGCACAUAGGUGCAGAUGAAGUUUGGCAUUUAGGUCUUUGCUCAGUUUGUAUAAAACGUGCUGCAUCUAGCAAAUACGGAAAACCAUCUCUGUACCUGGAACAUAUUUUGGCUAUUGCACAAUAUGUACAAGAAACAUAUCCCUACUUAAAGAUUAUCAUAUGGGAUGAUAUGUUAAGAACGAUAGAUUUACAGGUUUUGAACGAUCAUUACAUCGGGAAGUAUGUGGAACCUAUGAUCUGGCACUAUAAUCCCAGGGAUAACUUUGCUCUACCUCAUGAACUGUGGGAUAAGUAUACUGCAGUUUUUCCCCAUAUUUGGGCGGCUACUGCAUUUAAAGGUGCUACUGGAUCUUCCCAACAUGUACCGAUUAUAAGACACCAUAUAAGCAAUCAUGAAAAAUGGUUAGAAGAAUUAGGUAUACAUGUGAAUAAAGUUCAUGAAUUUCGAGGAACAGUAUUCACUGGGUGGUCAAGGUAUGAUCAUUAUGCAACAUUAUGUGAAUUAUUGCCUACUGCAAUACCAUCAUUAGCAUUAUGCUUGAAAGUCUGGCUCCAUGGUUAUUCUGAACAAAUUCACAAUCAAGUCGCUAAGAAUUUAGGAUAUAUAGAUCAUCCUUUGCAUAUAACGCCACAACCAAGACCUGCUCCAAUACCUAGCAAUUUGCUUUUCCCUGGAUGGCAAGUUGCAGUAGGAGUAGAAUGGUUUUUAAAUUUUCGAACUAAAUUUCAUAAUAUUAUUUCCAGUGAGCAAAUAUCCACAUGGAUGAAUCCGUGGCAAGUUGCAAAUAAUUACACAAACCCUAUGCAGUUAGAAAAUCUAGUGCCCGCUUUUACAGAACUACUAUUAGAAUUAUCUUCCUUAGAAGGAUAUUUAAGAUUUCAGAUGGAAAGCAUUUUCUUUCCAUCAAUGAUCGAUGAAUGGAUAGGUACAAAUAUUCAGCCCAUUAAAGGGAAGCUUAUGGAAUUAAAACAAACCACGGAGAAUCAAAUCAAGAUAAAUAGUCGAGUUUAGUAUUUUAAAUAAGUAUUUGCAGAUUUCUGCUUUAGAUCUCAAUGACCAACUUCAAUACAGGAGACGAAUACGGAACGAUAGGCUGAUGAAAAGUACGAAACUAUUUAGUAAAUUGUAAAAUUUUAUCUUGUAAGUAGGUGUAGCGAAGUAAAAGUAGAUAUUAAAAAGUGAUACUCCGUGCGAUAUGCACAGGAUAUAAUUUUAUAAGAAAAGGAAUGAUUAUUUUAAUACUUGGCUUAAGGACGAACGAACUUAUGACAAUGAUUGUCACUGAGCUUUGUCAUUUUGUGAGCUGUUCUGUGAUACUUGGCUAUGAAAGGAUUAUUGUAAUGUAAUUAAGCUCAAUGACCAUAUUUCUUGGCUAUUGUGCUUAUCACAUAUGCUUCUAACUAUCUGCGUUUCUUAUAUCCAUAGUAUGUGCAAAUAUUUUUUGUACUCGAUUUAGAGAUAUCUCUUUGGAAAUUUUUCAAAACUUAUAUUGAUCAGCUAUAAAAAAAUUGUAUGCAAUACCUAAUAUAUCUCAUAGAUUCUUUUUUAUUACUAAACUUUUAAACUAGUCUGUUUGGAACAUACUCGUCACUCUAAUACACUAUUUAUUAAAUACAGUGACAGAUUGAACUUAGAUAAAUUAUAAUUCAAAAUAAUAAUAACUAAUAAUGGAUAUGACUAAAUACUUAUAUGUGUGUACGUAAUAAUCACGUAACAUGUGAUUUUGUUUUGUACGACUCAAAUUACUUUUGAAAUAAUCUCAAUUAUGAAAAAGAAAAAAAAUAUUUUGCGUUCAUUUUUCACCUUUUUCUACGAUCCAUGGCCACUGCGGAUUUGUAUCCAUAAUCCAGUUAAAAACAAAAGCGGCGUUCAGUUAAAAGGCAAAGACUUGUCAAAAAAUGUCUUGCUCUAAUUUUUCUGAAAUAUUACCUUUGGCCAAGCAAGUGAAAUAGUGGCAGAUAUAAAA